GUGUGGAAUCAGUAUGCAACAAUCCAGAAUCAUUGUGAAUUUGUUCAUUUAAAUUUUUGGCGGUGACAUCAUUUUUUGCCACUGGAACUGCCAUUUCCUGUUUAUUGACAGAAGUGACAGAACGUCAGAAACCCUAUUUACCCUAAGCAAUUACGCUAUGGCUAUGGUGAGUGAGGUGGUUCUUUGAUAGUAUUCACAAUCUUGUUUUAUUCACCACACUCAAAAAAUGAUAUAGAUGAUCGGUAUAAUUCAAACAACCACAUUAUUGCUGUAUGUGUAGUAGUUUGUGUUUGUACUAUGUGUUCUGUGACUGAAACCACACCUACGAAAACUGUACAAUAAUAAUGAAUCAUUUUUUCCACUAGCCAUAGGAAGCUAUACGCCAAAGUUUUUUGUAUUAAGAAGGUUUUACCGUUUAACGACCAUCAAUCGGUGUGAAAAGCUACAAACAUUUUUAUUCGAUUUUGAUUUGCUAUCAAACGACAACGAUCGACCGCACCUAUCGUGUUUUGAUUUUGGGUUUAAUCGUUAUGACAGCUAGCUCCUGUAUAUAUAUUUUUUCGAUGUAGAUAAGUAGAAUACUCUUAGAAAAUGAAAUACUGUUUAGAUUAUUUUAUACUCCUGACGCUAUUAAGUUGGACAAAAGCAAGAGAAGUUCCGUCACCACCUUACAUCGUAAAACAGCCGCCUACAGAUGAGGUUCUUUUCCAAGUGGAAACUAACGGAGAAAAUGACAAACCAUUUUAUAUUGAAUGUGAAGCUAUGGGAGAACCAGCACCUAAAUACUACUGGAUAAAAAACGGGAAAAAGUUCGAAUGGCAAACAUAUGACAACAGGAUAUCACAGCAGACAGGUAGAGGCACGCUGUCUAUAACAAAGCCACGUGAUGAAGAUAUUGGACAAUAUCAGUGUUUCUCCGUCAAUCAAUAUGGCACUGCCACAUCAAACUCUGUGUUCAUGCGAAAGGCCGAGCUCAAUUCCUUCAAAAUGAAGGCACCAGAAUCGCUCGUGGGCAAAGAAGGUGAUCCAUUCAAACUCGAAUGUCAGCCUCCAGAUGGUUGGCCUAAACCAAUCGUGCAUUGGAUGUACCAGUAUUCUGACGGUGGCUUCCAAACUAUCAACAGCUCUAGGAUGACACUAGAUCCUGAAGGUAACUUAUGGUUUUCAAAUUUGACAAGAAAUGAUGUUACACAGAACUUCAUGUAUGCUUGCGCGGCUACAUCACCGACCAAAUAUGAGUACAAAUAUGGAAACAGAGUCCUUUUGAAUGUUGUACCAGCCGGAGUUUCAGCAGCUUCCAACAAAAGGGAACCGGUUGAGCAGUAUGUUACCAGGAGGAACUUUGUUGCCUACAGAGGAAAAAGGGCCGAGAUUUACUGUAUAUUCGGAGGAACACCACUGCCUCAAACAGUUUGGUAUAAAGGCAACGAAAAGGUGCAAGCUUCGGAUCGAAUAACGCAGAAUAAUUUUGGAAAAUCUUUAGUUAUAAAAGCUGUGGACUUUGAUGAUGAAGGAGCAUACACUUGUGAAGUUAGUAACGGUGUUGGUGAAGCUAAGUCACGCACUAUAAAUCUGAAAGUGUUGGCUGUCCCAUAUUUCAAGAAAGAACCCGAAAGAGUCAAUGCAGCUGAGGAUGAAACUGUCGAAUUUGUUUGUGAAGCUGGAGGUGUACCAGAGCCAAAGAUUGAGUGGAUCCACAAUGGAAAACCACUAUCACAAGCUCCGUACAAUCCCAGAAGAAAGGUGUACGAAAACAAAAUCGUUAUUGAAAGACUGGUUAAAAAUGAUACAGGAAACUACGGUUGUAACGCUACUAACUCCUUAGGUUAUGUCUAUAAGGAUGUUUAUGUUAAUGUAUUGGCAUUGGCUCCUGAGAUCACCGAAGCCCCCAAAGACACUGCGGCGGUCGACAAUCAAGACGUUAACAUGACAUGUAAAGUGUUAGGUGCUCCAAAGCCGAACAUAAAAUGGAUUCAUAAUGGCAAGGAAUUGACAGGAGGGCGAUACGAAAUCAAGCCAAGUGGUGAUUUGAGGAUAAACAGGGUGCAAUUUGAUGACAGGGGACAUUAUACUUGCUAUGCCGAAAAUAAACUUGGCAAUGUCAACGCAAGUGCUAGGCUAGAUAUAAAAGCUCAUACAUACAUAACGGAUGGACCAGAGGACUAUGAGGUAGAAGCCGGCAAUCCAGCGACGUUUCGUUGUAACGCCGUGGCUGAUCCGUCAUUAGAUUUAGAAAUAAUAUGGAUGAAAAAUGAUCAACGCAUCGACUUCGAAGGGGAACCCAGAUUUGUGAAGUCUUCCGACUAUUCUCUGACAAUCUUGAAAACGAUAGAGCUGGACUCCGGGACGUACACCUGUCUCGCACAGACUGAGCUUGAUGAGACUUCUGCUAGAGCCCAUCUUACCGUACAAGACGUUCCAAAUGCUCCUGUCAUGACCGGGGUUGAAUGCCAUACUAAGGACGCCACUGUUCGUUGGGAGCCCAAAGGUGAUAACAGAGCUGCAAUUUUGUAUUACAUAAUACAGUACAACACUAGUUUCACGCCUGAGGAAUGGAGAGGUGCUUUUGAGCAUGUGCCAUCAGCAGAGCUCAGCUACAAUGUACCUAUGAGUCCUUGGGCGAACUAUACAUUCCGGGUGAUUGCCGUCAACAAAAUUGGACGUUCAUCGCCAUCCUCCCAUUCGGAUGUGUGUACAACGCCGCCAGAAGUACCUCACAAAAAUCCGGAUAAUGUAAAAGGAGAAGGAGAUAGGCCCGAUAAUUUGGUGAUCACUUGGACUCCGAUGCCCCAAAUUGAACAUAACGCUCCUGGCUUCAAAUAUCGAGUAUACUGGAAACGCGAUAUACCCGGUAAAGAUUAUGAAUCCCAAGACAUUCUGGACUACAGACAAGAUAGAUGGGUAAUACCGAAUCAACCCUCAUUCCAGCAAUACCGAAUCAAAGUGAAAGCAAUAAACGAGCUCGGAGAAGCUGAUGUAUCUCCCGAGGAAAUUAUAGGAUUUUCUGGAGAGAGCGAACCAGAAAGGGCACCUACUAACUUCACUCUUAUAACCAUUCAGGGUCCAACUACAGCACUUCUUAGUUGGGAUCCGGUUCCAAUAGAAUCCGUGCGAGGUCAUUUCAAGGGAUACAAGAUCAAGACGUGGAGCGAAACCUCCCUUAUUUCAAAGGAAAUACAGGUGCAAGGAGGUAACUCCAAAGCAUUGGUCACCAACUUCGACCCUUACACGAAAAACUAUGCUCAAGUUUAUGUCUUCAAUGGCAAAUACAAUGGGCCUCCAAGCGAAACUCUGUCAUUUGACACUCCAGAAGGAAAACCAGGUGAAAUGUCUGACCUAGAAGCUAUUCCUCUAGGAUCUUCAGCAUUCUUAUUGCGGUGGGAGAAGCCAGACAAGCCAAAUGGUAUCUUGACAGGUUACAAUAUCUAUUACUCCGAGGUAGAUAGUAGCUUGAAGGUGGACGAACCUAUCCCAAGAAACCCUCAAAUAAAGGAUCCCAAUGUAAAACAGGCGAAAUUAGGUGGUUUGAAACCAGGAACGAAGUACCGCAUCUAUAUCAGCGCAACCACCAAGGAAGGCGAAUCAGAAAGGUUCUUCAUCGAAAGGCAGACCAGGCCUCUGGGCUCACACAGACCUUCCAAGCCCAGAUUUGACUGGGAAAUCGUCAAACCAGGACCGCCAACCACCGUAAGAGUGCACUGGAGGCCAAACGAGGAAGGCAAAUCAGGGUCUCAUUUUUACGCCAAGUACAGGAAGAAGGGCGAACCAGAGUAUCAAAAGACUGAUCCAGAAACGCAUGAAAUGUUCCAAGACGUAGCACCUCUAGAUAGCGCAGCUGUAUAUGAUUUCAUAGUUGCUUCCGUUGAUGGUACUUUCGAAGAAGAUAGUGAUCCACAGGAAGUGAGCACCUACGACAUUGACGGUCCCAUAAUCAGAGCUAAAGAAAACGUAGCAACCGCUGGAUGGUUCAUUGGGAUGAUGUUGGCAAUAGCGUUCCUCUUACUGGUAUUGAUCAUCGUGUGCAUAUUCAAGAGGAAUCGUGGAGGAAAAUAUGCCGUUCACGAACGAGAACAAGCGAAUGGAAGGCAUGACUACCCAGAUGAAGGCGGGUUCCAUGAGUACUCUCAACCAUUGGAUAACAAGUCUCAUGGAAGAACUUCAAUGAGUAGCGAGCCGAAAAUUGGGCCAGAAAGUGAUACAGACUCUAUGGCAGAGUAUGGAGAAGGUGAUACAGAGGGUAUGAAUGAAGACGGGUCAUUUAUCGGACAAUAUGGACGUAAACGGGGUCGAGGAGAGACAACAUCCCAAGGAUUUGCAACACUGGUUUAACCUGUCAAUUCACGGAAGAGGGAUCUUUCAUCGGGCAGUAUGUGCCUAGUAAUAUGAAGCAGCUAGGAAUGUCUACAGGUAUGCAGGGAACAAACAAUAAUCCAAUGGGCACCUAUGUUUAAAAUCAUAUUGUCAAUGUGUAUAGCUUUCUAUGUUGUGUUUUACUCGAUAGACAUUACAAUUAUUUAUACUUGUUAAACUUUUUGCUAUUUAAGAAUGUGUUCUUUAUUUGCUAAAGGAUUUUUUAUAAAUUCGUCCUUUAUCGAUAAGUUCUAUCAAUAAUCAAAAUAAUAUACAAAGUAUGCUAUAAGUAGAAUAGGUUGUUUCUAUAACUAUUAAUUAAUUAAUUAAUUAUUUUUUUAUUUUGUUGAAUAAAACUUACUGGCUAUGGUUUAUACAAAGUGAUUUGUUAUGUAGGGUAUCACAAGCUUACAUCAACUUAUAUUGAUUAGAUUCUGGUGCCACACCAUAUGGAUCUGUUCGGGUAAAAAUACUGAGAAUAGGCAACAAUGUUUUUUUUUUGUUAAAAGUCUUCACAUAAGCGGUUACCUCUAGAUUUUUGAAUAUUUGAUCGAUACAUGAUUUAAGAUAUGAUUAUCGGUUUAUUUUCGGUAGCUAUAUAAUUUUUUUACAUUUAGGGCGAUUACCACUAGUAAUAAUAAGGGACAUAUUGAAAUUUAUCAGCAGAUAUUUUUUUUGGGGCAGCUAUACCAUAUGAGUUCAAAAUUUAUUUUUAGACAUGUCCAGCUUACAUAUAUUAUUUACAUCCAUUGAUAAAAACGGAACAUGUUUUCGCAAGGGAGCUAAGAGGUAUCUUUUUUAAUUCUCAACAUUUGAACAAGUAUUCCACUCAAUACAACAACAUACAUUGCAUAAAAAAUCACCUUGUACGUGUAGAUGUCUUCUGUAAAUUAUUAUUACUCAGCUCUCUCUUUUAUAUUAAACUCGACGUCAAAUUUAUUGUCUGGCUUGGAGCCUGCUUCUAAUGGUCUCUAGCACAAGCUGAUGUAUUGGUACUAUUUUAUAUAAUUUACCUGUUAGAUUGGGAACAACCUGCUCAUUACUUAACACGUUAUCACAAAUUGGAAUAGCAAUGGGCUCAACUCGCCAAGUCAUAUGCUCAGUAGGAUCCGAAGUCCUUUGUUUUAUAUACCACUUUACUUAAUACUUAACCGGAAACUUGCCAUACUGAAGCCAGAUGUUACCUGAACAUUUGUUCUUUAUAAAUUUUGUGUGGGGAUACUAUAUUCUUGUGUUUCCAUUCAACAUUGAAAUACUUUCUCGUUAUUCUUAGUGGCAAUUGCGAUAUUUGUGAUAAUAUGUAGAUUGAUGGUAUUUUGAUUUGAGAGUUUGUUCCCACAGUAUAUCUCUAGAUUUUUUGAUGUAAAUUUUGAUAUUCGUAGUAGAUAGCACUCUUCUUUCAUAUCUCUUCACACGUCUAGGUUUUGUCUUAGGGAUAAUUUUACAUAAAACUAUAUAUGUAUGGGUAUGUAUACAUCAAUGAGUGCUUUUAAUAUCAUCGCGAAUGUAUUAGAAACAGCUUGGAGAGCUUAAGUACGAUGUUAAUAUUUUUAUAUUUUUUUACUGACACUGCCUCAUUUAUCAGAUAUGAUUUUGUAUUUGAAAUAGCAGUUUAAGGUUUUUUGUUUAUUAUUGUUAGUAAAAACUUUCGUUCGAUAAACAUUGUUUUUCGAUUAGAUCGUCAUGACAUAUACUAAGAGAUCUUCGAGUUAUAUUUUUGUAUGUUGAAAAAAAAUAAGAAAGUGUUACUCCUAUCUGUUUGCUUUAAUGUUUAGCUUUAUCUAUAUUCUAAUUGGCUAUACACUGAGCAUUAGUUUGAAAUCGGAAAUUUAUCAAAUGUUUAUUCACUAUAUUAAGUUACUUUACAUAAAGCAGGAUAUAAUACAGGGCAUUACUUAAUGAAAAUUUGUAUCAUUUGAUCUUCACUUCUCGCAGCAAUACAUACGUAAUUACUGAUUGUCCAGAAGGUAAGUCCAAAAAAAAUCUCAACAUACAUCACUCGCACAUGGCGGACGUAAGUUUAAAGUGUGCAUUCAAAUUCCUUCUGCUAAACACCACAAAGAAAAAAUGCAAAUUGUUGUUUCCAUUGUUUCAAAAAUACUGCGAUUCUGACACCAAGCAACAUAGAAUUCAAAUGGUUUUGCAUCACUUAUACAACGUUUUUGCUAAUGCAUUUUGAUUAUCCUACGAUUUCAGUUUGGUAGAGUGGAGGUACACUUUGAUUCUAUGUUCCUGAUAUGUGCGAUGAUAUCUAGCUAAAACUGAUUGCUAAAAUAUGAGUUAAAAUGUGUUAUAGCAACUGUAAGAUCUGAUCUCACGCUUGUGUAAAACAAACUGUUAUUCUUUUUUAUUUACAAAUAAUAAACGUCAUUUUGAACAUCGUCUAUGUUGUUGUAUAUGGCAGUAAUAUAACUAUUUUUCUUUA